GGAGGGGGUGCAGGGAAGAGGCUGACAGCCUGGCCAGGAGUCGGUCUGGGCCUCGGGAAGUGCGGAGGAGAGACCCCACGACACAGGAAAGGAGGGUCAAGGCGACUGCGGUGACGCCAUGUGGCAGCUGCUGCUCCCGCUGGCCCUGGGGCUGGGCGCGAUGGGCUGGGGCCGGGCUGAGCUCACCGAGGCCCAGCAGCAGGGCCUGCACGUGGCCCUGGAGGAGUUCCACAAGCAUCCGCCCGUGCAGUGGGCCUUCCGGGAGACCAGUGUGGACAGCGCCACAGACACGCUCUUCUCAGCCGGGACCUUUGUGAGGCUGGAGUUUAAGCUCCAGCAGACCAACUGCCGGAAGAAGGACUGGAAGAAAGCUGAGUGCAAGGUCAAGUCCAAUGGGAGAAAGCGGAAAUGCCUGGCCUGCAUUAAGCUGGACUCUGAAAACAAAGUCCUGGCCCGGAUGGUCCACUGCCCCAUAGAGACGCAGGUUCAAAAGGAGCUGGAGGAGCGCCAGGAGGCCCAGUGCGUCCGGGUGGAGCGGGCCGGCGAGGACCCCCACGGCUACUACUUCCCUGGACAGUUUGCCUUCAUCAAAGCCUUGCCCCCCAGCUGAGGCCUAACUGAAUUUCACUCAGCUUCCUGGAAGCUGCGGGAGGUAACCAGUGAGAGCCCGCCCUCCCUUCUCUGCGCCGGGAGGGACCCUCCCAUCAUCACCCCUGAGCUAAUAAAACUGCUCUGGAGCUGAG